AUGCCGAAUGGUACACAGGACGGCGAGUCGAGCUCGGGUCAGCCACAGGGCGGCGUGGAGGGGGAGAAUGAAACACAAGAGGAUGCGAGCGGGAGUGGUGUGAGUGGGGAGGACGAUUUCAAAGACGCGGUCGCUGCACCGUCCCCAACAAACACAGAUUCAGCAAGAGAUGGGGAAUCCGUUGCGGACGGAACUAAUGUUGAAAAGGAGCAAGAUGACAAGUCUGCAGAGGCAGAAAAGGAGGACAAGGCAACGCCGAAUGCGGAUGGCGUUGAGAAGCCGCAGAAGAGUGCCGCGAAAGACGAAGAACCGGAGCCGGCACUGAACACCGCUGAUGCAGAAAAGGAGGGUGCUGCGAGGGACGAAAGGCCGCAGCUGGAAGACAGAGCGGACGUCGUUGUCGAUAAGACAGACACGGCAGCAGCAGAGCACAAGGGGCAAUUAAGCCGUGCCUCUGGCCCGGAGAGAAACAGCGUUUCCGAGUUCUCCCAUCAGCAGGUGACUAUGCACGCCGAUGAAAAUGACCAAGACGACGACGACGGCUGGCAGACAAUGCCUGCCUUUGCACCCUACGACAUGUACGAUGACGAUAACAGAUUGAUCGCAAAGGAGUAUAAUGAGGCGGAGGCGGACGACCAGACGUACAGCUACGGGGGCAUAGGAGGCGCAGGCAAGGGCUAUACGAGGGUCUUUGUGGACGACGAUGCCGAGUCCGUGACGAGCAUGGACGACAACACGCAGUAUCUCUUCAAGAACGCCGGCGGCACCAGCAUGAUGGACGACGAAGAUACGCGAGACGCCGUGUCGCAGAUGCAGGCCACCAAGGACCUGCUGACUGAGGGCCAGAAGAUCGCAUAUGUGGGCCUGGUGAGGAUAGAGCUGUCGCAGAUCGUCAAGGACAUGGAGGGCAUACCGCACACCAGGGCAGCCAAGAAGGCGGUCCAGCUGGCGGUCGAGGCGGCCAAGAUGUGGUCGCAGAAAAUUAUGAUCCGGCUGUACACGCACAUGGACAUCAGCUCCGCCGAGCAAAUCAUGAUCGAGCAGCUGAGCGAGCACGGCGUCAUCUCGAGCGACCUGACUCCGCAGCUCAUGGCCAACGCGAGGGUGAAGAAUCCCAUGGCCGAUAGGAAGAGCUCCGUGUCCAGCUCCCGACCGUCAUCCGUCGCCUCGCCCAAGCCGCCCCAGUCUGGCUUCUCCUCGCCCAGCAGGGUCAGCGACGAGGCAGCCGCAGAACCCCCCCCUGCGUACGACAAGCACGAGGGCGAGGAGCUGCCUGCGGUGCGGACGCCAUCGCAGCUGCCCUCCAGCGACAAGCUGGACAUUGACAUCCGGUGGACCAUCCUGUGCGACCUGUUCCUGGUGCUCAUCGCGGACUCCAUCUACGACGCCCGGUCGCGUUGCCUGCUGGAGAGGGUGGGCAAGGCUCUCGAAAUAGACUGGAUCGACAUCUGUCGGUUCGAGAAGAGGGUUACAGAGGCUCUCGAGAUGCAGCAACAGGCGGAGCGGGAGAACUGGAACGAGGAUGAGCACAAGGAGAGCCGCCGGAAGCUGGCGCUCAAGAAGCGCUACAUUGUCAUGGGCCUGGCGACCGUCGGUGGUGGUCUGGUCAUCGGCCUGUCAGCUGGUCUCCUGGCGCCUGUCAUCGGCGCGGGGCUGGCGGCCGGCUUCACCACCAUCGGUGUCACGGGCACCAGCACUUUUCUAGGUGGCGCCGCCGCGUCUGCCAUCAUCACGUCGGGCGCUGCGGCAUCGGGCGGCGUCAUCGGAGCCAGGGCUGCCAACAGGCGGACAGGUGCCGUCAAGACGUUUGAAUACCGACCUCUGCACAACAACAAGCGCGUGAACCUGGUGGUCACGGUGGCUGGGUGGAUGACAGGCAAGGUGGACGACGUCCGGCUGCCGUUCAGCACUAUAGACCCAGUCAUGGGUGAUAUUUACUCUGUCCUGUGGGAGCCGGAGAUGUUGACCAGUAUGGGAGACACCAUCAACAUCCUGGCAACAGAGGCUCUCACACAAGGUCUUCAACAAGUCCUGGGAAGCACUAUUCUGGUCAGUCUGAUGGCGGCGCUGCAGCUUCCCGUCGUCCUGACCAAGCUCUCCUACCUGAUCGACAACCCCUGGUCCGUGUCGCUCGACAGGGCGUGGGCUGCAGGUUUGAUCCUGGCGGACUCCCUGAUCGAGCGGAACCUGGGCACGCGGCCCAUCACGCUCGUGGGCUACUCCCUGGGCUCGAGAGUCAUCUUCUCAUGUCUCCUCGAGCUAGCCCGCAAGGGCGCUGUGGGACUGGUCCAGAACGUCUACAUGUUUGGCUCGCCAAUUGUGGUCAAGACGGACGAGUAUCUCAAAGUGCGGACUGUCGUUUCGGGCCGCUUCGUCAACGGGUACCACCGCAACGACUGGAUCCUGGGAUACCUCUUCCGCCUGACGAACGGCGGCAUCCGGCGGGUGGCUGGUCUGGCCCCUGUUGAAGGCAUCCCUGGACUAGAGAAUAUGGAUGCCUCGGAGUUUGUGGCGGGACAUAUGGACUACCGAAGGUCGAUGCCACGUCUGAUGCGCGAGAGCGGCUGGCUGGUGGAGAGCGACGAGUUCGCCGAGAUUGAGAACCCCGACCCCGAGAAUCACACGGACAGGCAGCGCGAGCUGAUCAACGAGAUCGAGGAGGCGAGAAAGCAGCUGGAGAAGGAGGGCAAUGCCAAUAGCGGUCGUAAGAGCGGCGCGUUUGGCGGCUUCUUCAGCCGCAGGAAGAAGGCGCAGAAGGCUGAGUGGGAGGUGUACGAAGACUCCAAGGGCGCGGGAGCCAGCGAGGCAGGGGCAGCAGCGGCACCGUCGGGCAAGACGGAGGACAAGGACGGUAACAACCACGGCGUGCUCUUUGAUGUGGACGCGAUGCGUGCCGAGCUAGCCAGGAGCCAGACGGACGAGACACUACAGGUGCGCGAGCUGCAGUCCACACUGCCGCCGAUGCGGAUCCCCAGCCCGAGGGUGUCCCUGAGCCAGACGAAGAGUGACUACGCGGGCUAUCACUCGAAACACCCCUCGUCUGAUUACGGGCCCUCUGGCGCACACCACCAACACCAGUACCAACCGGAUCACGACGACGAGAUCCAGAUGACCUUCGACACGGGCUUUGACGAGCCGCCUCGGUCUCAGAGAAGCCAGACGAUCCCAGCCGCAGACCAUUCCUCCUACACAGCAGCAAGACCAGAGAUCAAGACGGCGCACACGGUUCCCAACAUAGGCACAGCGGCCUCAAACCCCUGGGCCGACCCGGACGAUGACGACUUUGGCAAGGAGGAAGAGAUCUCGAUGACUUUUGCUUGAAGCGAGAAGAUGAUUUGUAUUUUUAUUCUUGGUACCAUCUCGGGAGGGGCGUAAAGGUGUACUCUGGCGCAUUACAAUUACUACUGCUGCUACAACUGCCGUGGUUCAUCACCACAGGCUGAUCUUUUUGUCUUUCUUUCUCUGGAAGGGGGUUUGGAACACUGCUCAAGGGACCAAUACCGCCAACAACCUUCAUGGCUCACAAACACACAAUACGAACGAAGUUCAUCCUUCAUUAGCGAUCAAUCAGCCCGUGACUAAAAAGUUGAGAAAGGCGGUUAUAACGAGGGUUGGGGUGUAUCGAUAUCGUUAUGACACAUACACACAACAUCAUAUAAAUUAUACAGUACU